CUCCCCCAAUCACUAUAUAGCCCCAUAGCUGAUACAGAGAGGAGGGGCAGAUCAGAAAUGCUAUAAAGAGUUGGUGUCAGUUCCACAGGGGCAGAAUUCUGUGGAGGGAGCAGAGAGGAGAGUUCAGAGAGGAACCCUUAUCCAGAAACAGGUAUAGGAAUUAAAUGAUGGAGAGACCACGCAAUGGAGCAGGCCACUCCUAUACGGCUCAGCGACAAUCAUAUGCAGCUCAGAGAAUGAACAGCAAAAGGCUGAUGGCUCUGCAUGGUGGUUUCAUAGACACAGAUGCCCAGGGUGGGCCCAGCAAGCGGGUGCGUGGGUUGGAAUCUCCAAUGUGUAACAUGGUUGCAUUUGGACACAAAACCACAAAUAUGUUGGGUAUGGAAGAGACUGGAAUCAGUUGCAGUAUUGUUUCUGUUUGUCCUUGGGAAGUAGAAACAAGUGCUAAAGAACAACUCAGUACCUUAUAUGAUGCCCUGGACAAUGGAAGUGAGAGGCUUUCAAGGCCAAAACAGGAUCCUAUUGGAUACAGGAGAUCUUUAUCCUCAAAUAGGAUCCAUUCUGGAGAAGAGAAUUCAGUUUGUGAAAAAGACAAUGGCUACUCAUACAGGCCACCCCUUCCUCCAAAUACAGGUGGAUUUUGGAAUCCUUGGAAGAGUUAUGAGUGGGGUCCAAGUUUCUUCCUCAGGAAAUGGGAAGCAGGAAAGGAUUCAACUGAAAAUGGGCUUAAUACAAAUCCAGGGACAAUGAAGGAGGUUCAGGGACCAUUAAUUGACCUAGGAACCAUAAAGAGGCCAAUUGCCACUGAGACAGAACAGCAUUCAGGAGUCAGUUUACCUGCAGUUUCUGGCCCAUCCCACCCACUGAAGGUCCUAAUUGCAGGCCACUCAUGUAUCUCGAGGGCCUUCAAGAGGGCAACUGAGAGUGGUGAAGGUUGCCAAUUGGGAAUACCAGAGGAACACAUGACAAUAUCAUGGCUCAGUGAGGAAGGCUUGCUGUGGAAAGACUUUGGCAAAAUGCUGCAGACUACAGACACAAGCCAAUUAGACCUGCUUAUUAUUCAUGCUGGUGGCAAUGACCUUACUUCAACAAAGACCAUUCAAUUGAUAAUUGACAUUAGGACUGACCUACUUAAAAUCAAAGAAAAGAAAAGACCUAAGGCCCUGGCUUGGUCCAAUGUAUUACCAAGACCAACCUGGGAAGGUGCAGGGUCUCAAGUGGCCGUAGACAGGACACGCAAGAAGGUGAACAGAGCCCUCAGUAGGUUUAUGGUUUCCAAUGGUGAUUUUGUAGUGACGCACAACGACUUUACGGUCAAGUCUCCAGAGUUGUUCAGAGAGAAUGGAAUCCAUUUAUCAGAUGCUGGACUGGAUAUUUUUAAUGCUGAUUUGAGAACCUUCCUAACUGAAUGGAAGAAGACACCACCAAGGCUACCCCAACCUCUGAAGGUCCUAAUUGCAAGCCACUCAAAAGGGCAGUUGAGAGUGGUUAAGGUGGCCAGUUAGGAAUACCCGAGGAGCAUAUGACAAUAUCAUGGCUCAGUGAGGAGGACUUGCUGUGGAAAGACUUUGGCAAGAUGCUGGAGACUAGGGACACAAGCCAACUAGACCUGCUUAUUAUUCAUGCUGGUGGCAAUGACCUUACUUCAACAAAGACCAUUCAACUGAUAAUUGAUAUUAGGACUGACCUUCUACAAAUCAAAGACAAGAAAAAACCCAAGGCCCUUGCUUGGUCAAAUUUAAUACCAAGACCAACAUGGGAAGGCGCAGAGUCUCAAUUGGCCAUAGAUAGGACACGCAAGAAGGUAAACAGAGCCCUCAGUAGGUUCAUGAAGUCAAAUGGAGAUUUUGUAAUGACGCACUGCAACGUUACUAUCAAGUCUCCUGAGCUGUUCAGAGAGGACGGCAUCCAUUUAUCAGAUGCUGGGCAGGACGUUUUUAAUGCUGAUUUGAGAAAUUUUCUAAUUCAAUGGAGGAAAUCACAGAUAAGUGAGACAGGCGAAUAGAAGAAUUCUCAGACCCUAAUCUCUAUUUUAAUGCCAGAGUUAAAAAAAAAUUAGAAUUGUACUUAUAAUUAGAAAAAAAAAAAAAAAGAUUCAAUGCAUGGCUUACAUCGUGCUCAAAGUUAAUUUAUAGGUUUUAAGGUUUACUUUACAGGCCUAGCUGGACAAAGAGAAGGCACUGGUUGUAUGGCUGGGCCUGGGAUCUGAGAUUAUUUGCACAGUAGUCACGACCAUUGAGUCCAGUACAUCUUUGGGGUAGGUGUGCACAUUAGGAAUUUAGUAGUGGACAAGAAGAUGAAGCACAUUUAUGUAAUAUAAGAUGUAUGUAUACAAUAAAUCAUGAACCAGUAUUAUCCGA